GAGGUACCGUAUACAAGGGGAGAAGUCAUAAGCUCUUGCUUAACCUUUGAGCCCAGCGAAACACUUAUCCACUACAGUACUGUACCGGUAUUGAUCCCUCCUUACCGGUGCUAAACCCUAGUCUUUUCCCAUCAGAACUCGAGUACAGUAUGAUACCUCGCCGGCCAUCACCACAACAUGCCCCUGUGUAAGCUUACAACAAAAGCCCUAACCCACCGCAUUUCACAUUCCUGUUACAAUUCACCAGUUACCAUACUGUACUGUACAAGACACUCAAAAGAAAAGAAGAAGAAAAGAAGCUAGGUGAUCCCCAACCACACGUCGUCUGCGUGCAUGCAUCUACGAGAACUCAAGUAGUCGAGUGCCUCCCCACGCACAUAAUUUACACACCGCCAGGAACCUUCUCGCAAGCCUUGGCACCCACCUACAAACGAGGAACAGCCCGAGUAACCCCCCUGCCCUCGUAAUAGCAACCGUCCAUCCCACCGACUCUUCCAGACGCUUCUUUUGCCCCUUUCGAAGCCCGCGAUCGAGCGGGCUUACGUCGGCAGGGAGAUUACGGUGAAAUGUAUUUAAAUUGAGUUGACGAGAAGUCUAUAUGACCAAUAAUGGUUCCUGGGGGAGAGAUUGCUGCCCUUACUACUAUUUUCUGCCCUAAUUUUUCGAGGAGGUGGGGGGGAUAAUACGCCCACGGAAGCGGGAACGCGAGUGAUAAACGGUACGGUAGGCGACUGCUCCUAAGAUAACCGUUUCGCAGUAGUCGGGGAAAUUGAUUUGGAAAGAGAGAGCAAUUGACUCCCAGGGAAAAAAACAAAAAAAAACACCGACGAAUGCGAGUUCCCUACGAAGAGGGUCGAAGUAAAGGAGGGGAAACCCAUCACCACCGACCAGUGAUGGAAUGGAACACGGAUUUCCAACGAAAGCGACCUCCGAGUGAUGACCUGCUGGAGGAACAACCAUUAUCAAAACGUCUGGAGAAACUGUCUCUUGUCAAAAAAGGUUGCCCCCGUCACUCCCCCUCCCGCCCGAUAUCAAUUAACGCCCCCCAAAGUAGAGCUCCUCAACAAACCCCAGCCCUUCCCCAUCACCACCCCCGCCAGCGAUGCCCCCCUCUCCCAACCGGAAGCAGAAAGGAUGGACGUCGACAAUGUAGUCUUCAUCAAAAACCUGGACGAAGAGAUCGCCUCAUAUGACACCGAGGACGACCCGGGCUCCCGGAAACUCAUGUUCCUUCCGGACAUCGAGAAGAGGUUGACCCGAGUUCCCUACCUACUUGCUGAGAAUGGCGUCCGUGGUGAUGGCGGUGGAGGCGAAAGUGGAGGAGGAAAAACGAGUACGGAUUUGGUACUUUAUUCAGUGCCGAGCUCGCUGAGUAUUUCAGAGGAGAGGGAUAGUGUCCGGCGAGUGAUUAUUGAGGCGAGGAACAGGAUUCGGAAAAGGCAGGCCGACAGGGCUGCUAUGGUGGCAGCUCGAGAUCCUGGGAUGAUAGGGGGUGAGGAAGAGGAGGGAGGGUGUGAAUGGGAUUCGAUGGAGAUGGGUGGAGAUAUACCUGGAGGAGGGGGUUUUUAUGAGGAUCCGGAUGCUAUGGACAUCGGUUAGCUAUCCCCCUCCACGUAUGAUAUGGAACCCCUUUGAGAUUACGGUACUUGAUUGUCUGGAAAUGGGGUGCUUUUCUUUUUUCUUGAACUCUUGAAUUCCUGGGCGUUUUACUGUUUACCGCUGUUUGUCCUGGUCCCAGUCUGCGUGAUGUUCGCUCUAGCUUACGUGAGGGAUCAACUACGAUACCUGUACUAUCGAUAUAGUUACAAACGAUAAAGGAAAAGGGAUUUACGGUUGUAACAAAAAGGGAACCCUUUUUCUUUUUUUUCUUUUUUCUUUUUUGGAAAAAUCGGUUACUUGUUUCCUCCCAUCCAAUCCCCCCCGCCAGCCGUCCCUGC